AUGGCAUUGCUGUGGCUGCUGCUGAAGCUGCUCCCUCCCCAGUCUCCCCCUGGUGCCUCAGGAACAUGCCCAGGCAGGACGCAAUCACACGCCGAGGUACCACCACACCAAGCUGGAAGAUCAAGCCAAGACACUGCCACGGGCUCCUCCCUGCGUCCGCGGCACACCGGCGGACAUCAAGGUCUUCCUCAUGCUUUGACUCAGAUCCUGGUCAACCUGGGAUCUUGCUUGCAGACACAGCAGACAUGGGAUUGUCAGAGCUUUGAGAAGUGCUGUACGAAUGUGUGUGGCCUGAAGAGCUGUGUGGCAGCGAGGUUUGCAGAUGGCAGCUUAGCGUCCUUGGACUUACCCAAAGAGGCGACGUGUGAGAGGAUUGUGUGCACGCAGCAGGGCUCGGAGUGUGAUAUCUGGGAUGGACAGCCCAUCUGUAAGUGCAAAGACAGGUGUGAGAAGGAGCCCAAUUUCACCUGUGCCUCCGAUGGCCUGACCUACUACAAUAAAUGUUACAUGGAUGCAGAGGCGUGCAUCAGGGGCAUCAGCUUGACAGUGGUGACUUGUCGGUAUCACAUCACUUGGCCCAACACCAGCCCACAGCCUUUAGAAACCACAGUGAACCCAACAUCAACCACCUCCUUGGAAGACUCCAUCCCUCCAGCUCUCUACACCAACCCCUUCCACCAGUCCGUCUAUAUCGGAGGCACGGUGAGCUUUCACUGCGAUGUCAGUGGGCGUCCAAGGCCGGACAUCACCUGGGAGAAGCAGAGUGACUACCUGGAAAACAUCAUCAUGAGACCUGAUCAAAUGUACGCCAAUGUGGUGGUCACCAAUAUUGGCCAACUGGUUAUUUACAACACCCAGCAAGAGGAUGCAGGUAUCUAUACGUGCACCGCAAGGAACGCUGCUGGCCUCCUGAGAGCGGACUUCCCAUUGUCAGUCAUCAGACGGAAACAUUCUGGAGAGAGCACUGCCAGGAAAAUCCAGCCUUUACCAUCUGGAGAGUGCUUCAAAGAUCCAGACAAGAGGGAAUGUGGCCGUCAAUAUGUCAGGUGGUUUUAUGACCACAAGAAGGGCAGGUGCUCCACAUUCCUGUUUGGAGGCUGUGAGGGGAGCAAGAACCAGUUUGAGACCUACGAAGAGUGCCGAUUGGCUUGUAUCAACGAGUCAGUCAAUAUCUGUACCUUUCCUGCUGUGCAGGGUCCUUGCAAGAUGUGGGAGGCUCGGUGGGCCUACAACUCGCUGAUGAAGCAGUGCCACGCUUUCGUCUACGGUGGCUGCGAGGGCAACAAGAAUAACUUUGAGAGCAAGGAAGUGUGUGAGGAGACCUGCCCGUUCCCGAAAAGCCAGCAGUGCAAAGUGUGCAGACCCCGUCACAAGAUCGUGCCCAGCUUCUGCAGAAGUGACUACGCCAUUGUGGGAAGGGUGACGGAGAUUGUGGAGGAACAGGACUCUGGAGUUGCCAGAUUUACACUGGACGAGGUGCUCAAGGACGAGAAAAUGGGACUAAAGUUUUUUGAUUUCAAACAUUUGGAAGUGAUAAUGAUCAACAUGGACUGGAACUGCCCUUGUCCAAACAUUAACCUGACAGACGGACCCCUCCUUAUAAUGGGUGAUGUCUAUGAUGGAAUGGCUGUGCUGGAUGCUGAGAGCUAUGUGCGGACUGUAACUGACAAACGCAUUAAAAAGAUGUACGAAAUCAUUGAGAAAAAGACCUGCGAACUCCUACACCGCUUUCAGGAUUAAGUGCAGUGACCCAAAGAUAUUGUUACCAUGGCUGAACACAAUAGGACAUUUAUUUACAACUAGAAUUUGCAGGGGAAAGUUGACAUGGUGUUGAGCACAGAGUCACAGUUCAUGUGCAAACAGAUCAAUGCACAUUGGCAAUGCCAGUUUUACAUUAGAUGUGUAACAUUGAUACAUUUUAUUAAUGUGACAUUGCUCUGCUUCAUUGAUAUGUAGCAUUUUAAGCCACCUGACCUCCCUUGUACAUCUCAGCACAGAAUAAAAGAAGAAAAAUACAUGGAGAGAUUGCCAAUAAGCUUGGAGGUUGGGAGUAGAUAUGGGAUUUAUGGAAUAGCUGAGUCACAAUGGUUUCUUCACUUUAUUUACUCCAUUCGAUUCACUUGCUUCUCCUGCAUAACUAAGUCGCAUUGGGCUGGAUAUGUAUUAGCACUCACAACCGCUGAGCAACGCAUCUCAUUGUCCAUUCUUCAGAGGAGACGUCAAGCUGUUGGACCAUGUGGAACAUCACAAUUGAAUGCUACAUUUGAUGACCAAAUGCAUCCUCCAGUUAAAGAUGACCCAGACUCAUUUUGUCCCCAGUCUCAGGAGACUGAAGAAAAUUGCAGCAUCUGAACUGAAAAGGCAACAAAGGAUUGUAUCAAGCACCUUCCUCAUGUGUACUGCUGAGUGUGACACCAGGCAGUCCACUCAGCAACUCAACCAGCAUUGUCCAACUCACUAAUAACAAGCCACAUGCAGUUCAUUGGAAAAUUUAAACUUGGCCAAUUGUAUAAUUGUUAAGUUAAUAGGAAAUGAUUGAUGGACGCAGUCAGGGCUGUGGGAUCUCUUUGCUCAUAUUCAUGUACAGUGCAUAUGAAUUUCAACCUUUAUGUACAUUUGAUGGUGUGAUUUAAAAUGAAAGCAGAAUGUGGACAUGCUUUAUUGAUCAUUGAGAGUGCUUUACAUCCUUGGUUACUGAAUCAUGGUAGACCACAAUUAAGUGAAUUUACACAUGCGCAGACCUUCACUUCUGUCAUACAGAUGGCAUUUUCCACCAGCAUUUG